UUUUCUUUUGCAAGGCAUCAUCUCCAAGUCUUUUUCAACUUUGCUUUUUUUCCCCAACUUCCUCGGAGCUCUCCUUCUCCAAGGAAACUUUCCCCUCUACUUCUUCGCCAGGCAUUGGGAGUUUUUAAGCUCUGGGGGACAAAGGGGAAUCCAUUGCAGCCCCUGGGAUUAAAAAGCUCAGACGGAAUCGCCACAGUUGCGUGGAGGGACGAGAUGGUGACUCUGGACAGAAAUGUUGCUGAAGACAUCAGCCAGCAGAUCAACGAUGCUCUGGGACGCCUGCAAAGCAAGCAUCUCUUCCAAACCACCUGGGAUAUCGUCGCUUUUGCCAUCUUCUUCACCUUCAUGGGGAUGGUUCUCUUGCUGGGCAUCCUUGCGUUGAUCCGAUGUUGCUGCUGUGAUACUCCUAGUUCAUAUAAGAAGGUCAAGAAAAGAAAAGUUGGUAUUGAUAAUAUGGGCAUGGAGCAUUAGAUUCCAUAUGACCAAUUGCCUGAGCACCUGGCUUUACUGAUUUUCCUCUGCUGUGCUGGAAUUUAUUGUAAGAAAUCAGAUUUCUUCUGGGAGGAACUGUGAGACAGGUGAGCCCUCUAGAGGCUUAGAUGCUCAAAAGAUGAUUCUUAGUCCAUGUCCGUCCUCCAUAAGCUGGGGCGAAAAAUUCGUUCUCACUGUUGCCAACUAUCAGCUGCUUCUGAUCAUUAGUAACAAGGAAAGGGCUAACUAAAUAAGUACCGUGUUUUCCCUGAAAAUAAGACCCUGUCUUAUAUUUUUUUUGAACCCCGAAAUAAGCGCUUGGCCUUAUUUUCGGGAAGGUCUUAUUAUUUUGGGGCGCGUGGAGCAAGAUGGGGCUCCUCUUGCCGUCUUACCUGAUUUCCAGCUCUGCGUUUAAAUAUUUUCGGGGAGGGCUUAUUUUCGGGGGGAGGCUUAUUUUAGCGGAUGCGCUCAAAAGCCCGAUUGGUCUUAUUAUCAGGGGAUGUCUUAUUUUUGGGGAAACAGGGUAGUUCGUGAACAAUGAUCAUCCUCUUUCGCAAACUCCUAUCUUGUUGGUCUACCCGUUGGGUUUGUUAGCAUGCGCUAUAAAAAUGGAGCGUCAAUCACAAUGUGUUUACUUCUUAUUCCCAUCAAGAACCAAUAACUCAUAUCAAUGCUUGACCUGUUUUAAUUGUCCUAAAUUGUAUUUUUCUAUAGGAACAGCCCAGAUCUUGUACCACCUUCGUAUAGCAUUAUCCUUUUUGUAUUACUGAAAAUGUUUUUUAUCAGUUCAGGAUGCUUUGUACCAAGGGGUAUCCAACUUUGGCAACUUUAAGACUUGUGGAUUUCAACUCCCAGAAUUCCCCAGCCAGCAUGGAUGGCUGGGGAAUUCUGGGAGUUGAAGUCCGCAAGUCUUAAACAGUUGCCAAGGUUGGAACCCCGCUGAUUUAUACCUUCUUGUUCUAAUAUCCCAGAUUUGUUACUUUUCCAAGAUCGAUGUCCUAAUUUUCAAUGUAAAAUGUAAUCGCUGAUUACUGUGAACCUCUUGUUGUGUAGAGUUGCUGAAUAAAUUUAGAUGGCUGUAUAAGUGA